CCUCGUCUCUCCACUUGAAUCUCUUCCUUGCUCUCCCCCUCCCCGCGCCGGAACCGGCCAGGCCUGGGGCCAGAUCGCCAAAUGGAAGCCACGUGGGAAUACCUCCGUACACCCUCCACCCCCACCCCACCGGCCCAAUCGUGCCAUCCGGCUUGCAUACCCGGGUCAUUCCCCACUCUGACGAUUGACUCUUGACGUCUUCGACGACUAACUCGACUCGAACAAUUACAACAAUAACAUCGACAACACACACCAUGACGGGCAGCGCCGACCCCGCGCCCGCUGCUGCGCCGGUGCCAGCGCCAGCUGCUGCGCACACCCCCACCCCGCAGCGCGAGUUCACGACCGACGACUACUUCCAGACGCAGCACCCGCCCGCCAACCUCAAGGAGAAGACGGCGGCGAUGCGCGCAUGGGUGAACAAGUGGGCGGAUGUGGAGGGGAAGAAGGUCGUGCUGGUUACCAGCGGCGGCACUACCGUUCCCCUCGAGGCAAAUACCGUCCGCUUCCUUGACAACUUUUCAGCGGGCACGCGCGGCGCCACGUCGGCAGAGUACUUCCUCGCACGGGGCUACGCCGUGCUCUUCCUGCACCGGACGCACUCGCUGCGCCCCUUCUCGAGACACUACAGCCACAGCCUGAACCCGUUCCUCGACCUGCUCACCAUCACGGGGGACAGCAUCGGCGUGGCCGAGCCGCAGGCGGCCAAGCUGCUGCCCAUCCUGCGCGCGUACAACAAGGCGCAGGCCGAGGGCACGAUCCUUAGCGUCGAGUUCCAGACGAUCAACGACUACCUGUGGCUCCUGCGCGCGGCGACGGGGGUCAUGGCGCCGCUUGAGCGGAGGGGCAUGUUCUACCUCGCCGCCGCCGUGUCCGACUUCUUCCUCCCCGAAGACCGCGUUGCCGAGCACAAGAUCCAGUCGGUAAAGGGCUCCCUGUCCCUCGAGAUGGACCAGGUGCCCAAGGUCCUCCGACCGCUCGUGCAGGAGUGGACGCCAGAGGGCUACAUCGUGUCCUUCAAGCUGGAAACCGACGAGGACCUGCUCAUCCCCAAGGCGCGCGCCGCGCUCAGCCGCUACGGCCACCAGCUGGUCAUCGGCAAUGAACUGCACAAGCGCAAGCAAGAGGUGGUGUUUGUCGAGCGCAAGAUGCGCCAGAAGAGCGUCGGCGACGACAGGAUCAGGGGCGCCGAGACCCCGCCCCUGGCCGACUCGGACGCCGAGGGCGGCCCUGCCUUCCGCCGUGAUCUCAAGAAGAAGAAGGAGGUCUUCUCCGAGACGUGGCUCCACCUCAACCAGCUCGCGCCUAACCGCCCCGAGGCCGAGAUUGAAGAGUUCAUCAUUGACGAGCUGCUCAAGCGCCACCAGGAGUGGAUCGACGGCGGGGCCAAGUAGGGGAUGGCGCAGUGUAUAGAAUCCCGGGGAUCUUCACCAAUCUAGAUAAUCAAAAGCACUUGGGGACAGCGCCGUCGCGCGCCCGCUAGACGAGACUGAUGCAUGAAUGCAAUGCUACAGG